AUGGCCGCAUCUACGCGCCUGUCGUUCUCCGUGGCUGAUGGGGUUCCCGAAACUGAGAAAUCAGACGAGUCUGAGAACACCUAUAUCCUGCGGCCUGUUUUCCAGCAAAGGUUUAGGCCUCCUCUGGUUAAAGAUUGUAUCCAUACUAUACUCAAGGAGGAACUGGCCAAUGCUGAAUAUGUUCCAGAAGAAAUGCCUCAGCUCACAAAACGCUUAUCAGAAAUGAUUAAAAAUAAAUUAAAAGAAAUGGGAUUUGACCGAUAUAAAAUGGUGGUGCAAGUAGUGAUUGGAGAACAGAGAGGUGAAGGAGUAUUCAUGGCUGCUUGCUGUUUCUGGGAUGCAGACACGGACAACUACAUUCAUGAUGUUUUUAUGAAUGACAGUUUAUUCUGUGUUGUCGCGGCAUUUGGAUGUUUCUUCUAUUGA